CGUCAGGACGCCCCGGAAGUAAUUCUGUGGGAGGGAUCACUAAUAUGGCGGCGCCCAGGUGGCCGGUGGGAGGCGUGACUCUGCGGUGAUUGCCGACUUUCAUUCGAGUCCUUUUAGCUGAGGCAGCGGCGGGCUGAGUCGAUGGCUCCAGGCGCCUCCCCAGCCGACCAGCCGGGCUUCGGCGCGUCUCUACUGGCUGGUGGGGUAGCAGGUGUCUCUGUUGACUUGAUAUUAUUUCCUUUGGAUACCAUAAAAACUAGACUUCAGAGUCCCCAAGGAUUUAAAAAGGCUGGUGGUUUCCGUGGAAUCUACGCUGGGGUUCCUUCUACGGCUGUUGGAUCCUUUCCUAAUGCUGCUGCAUUUUUUAUCACCUAUGAAUAUGCAAAAUUUUUAUUGAGAACUGAUUCCUCGUCCUACUUGGUCCCUGCCACUCACAUGUUGGCUGCCUCUGCCGGAGAAGUGGUGGCCUGUUUAAUCCGUGUUCCUUCAGAAGUUGUAAAACAGAGGGCACAGGUAUCUGCUGCUUCUGGGACGUUUCAGAUUUUUUCUAACAUCCUGUAUCAAGAGGGCAUCCAAGGAUUGUAUCGUGGUUAUAAAAGCACUGUUUUAAGAGAGAUUCCUUUCUCUCUCGUGCAGUUUCCUCUGUGGGAAUUCUUAAAAGCCCUCUGGUCACGGAAGCAGGACCAUGUGGUCAACUCUUGGCAAUCAGCAGCUUGUGGAGCUUUUGCAGGUGGAUUUGCAGCUAUAGUCACCACACCGCUAGACGUGGCCAAGACGAGAAUUAUGCUAGCAAAGACGGGUUCUAAUACUGCCAGUGGAAAUGUGCUGUCUGCCCUGCUUGAGGUCUGGAAGACACAAGGGAUCUCUGGAUUAUUUGCAGGUGUUUUCCCUCGCAUGGCCGCCAUCAGCCUGGGAGGCUUCAUCUUUCUGGGUGCUUACGAUCAGACGCGCCAUUUGCUGUUGUAACUCGGUGGAGCAGCCCCCAAUCCGGCUCGGCACUUCCUUCAAGUCAGGAGAUGGAGCCGUCCCGUCCCCCAAGCCUGCUCCCACCUCCCUCCUUUGGGGUGUCCCGCUGCCGCGCCCUGGCAAAGACAGAGCCCUCUCGGGAGUCUGAAAAGCCAGCCUGGCAGGGAGCCGUGAAAUCACCACAGAAUGGCCUCUGCCAAGAGGAGAGAACUGUGUCCCCCACGGGCCUGGGAAGGGGCCCUCAGCCCCGGCCUCACGCACCCCCCGGCGAGUUGGGCAGAAUCCUGCCCCGCCACAGCCUUCAUGGGACCUUUCAUUUCCUUCCCCCCCCCACCCCCAGGCGCAGCCUCGGGAAAGCCGAAGCCCAGAGGGUCGGAGUGGCAUGGAGAGCGUUUAGAACUGUGCAGAGCCACAGGUGCACAACGUCCUCGCGUGGUCCUCAGGCCCGGCCUUUCAUUGCCUUCAGAUUGUGUUCUAAACAGUUGUUUCCCUCAGCUACGAGGCGGGCAGCCAGCUUUGGGGGUUCGGGGUCAGCCCUGACUUUUGGGGGGAGGAAACCCAACUCCGAGCUUCAGCUGGGCCUGCGCGCGCCUUUCCGAAUCCCUGGAGACUUGAAAACGAAGGACCGCAAUGUUUGAAAUCAAAUCCGUACUGGACGAGCAAAGUGAAAGUGGCCCUUUCAUUGGGGGCCGUCGCAGAAACCAAGGGCUGCUCCCAAGGUGGGUUUGCUCAUUCCCGGCCCGGGAAAGUCUGCCUGCUCGGGAGCAGCCCGACAUUCCCGGCCCGGGAAAGUCUGCCCGCUCGGGAGCAGCCCUGUCCGUCCCAUCAGCCCCGCACGGAAACGCCACCUUCUCUGCUCAGAGAAGGAAAGUCCUCGUCGUGUGCCGACCCCCCACAGCCCUGAAGAAAAGCUGGAAUCCACCCGGGAAAGGUAUAUUUAUAAAUGAACCUUUAUUAAAAGACACUUCAAUGCCAUUUGUUAGACACGUCAAUAUUUUACAUGUUUUUCAAUGUACAACAUUGUACCAAAUUUUCUAUAAAUAAAUAACUUUGUACACAAAA